UCAAAUUCAAAUACAUAGCUGGAAAAUAUUUAAAAUGGAGACGAUUUUGGGCAUUAAGGGAAUUGAUUUCGUUAUUCUGGCCUCAGAUACCAUGAAAGCAAAGUCUGUGAUGUGGUUGGAUGAUGACAAAUCGAAGAUCCACCGUCUGACAAACUAUUCCAUGCUGUCCGCGGUGGGCGACGGCGGAGACUGCCUGCAGUUCUCGGACUUCAUACUCCGCAACCUGGAUCUCUACAAAGUGGCCAACGGCUAUGACUUGACUGUUCGCGGAGCGGUGCACUUCAUCCGGACCAACUUGUCCGCCUAUCUGCGCAGCAACGUCAAGUACCAGGUUUCCAUGCUGGUCGGCGGAUUCGAUCCCACCACCGGUCCAGACUUGACCUACAUCGACCACUUGGGCAACGCGGUGCCCAUCCGAUUCGGUGGCCACGGCUGUGGCAUCAACUUUUGCACUCCCAUUUUCGAGCAUUUCUACAAUCCACAGUUGGAUAUGCGCACCGCCUACAGUAUAAUCGAAAAAUGUGUGCUCGAGAUUCAAAAGCGAUUCGUUGUCAAUUUGCGCAACUUCGAUGUGUUCAUGAUAAGCCGAGAGGGCAUUACCAAGAUGAAUCCCAUCAACCAGCAGUCUUUGAGGUCCCGAAUAAUGGACAAUGCCCCGACAAAGAGAUAAUGAUAUCAGAAUAG